GUGCCUGUUGAGCGACUGUGUUGGAGACAGUAAGGAAGAGGCUUUGGACCGACGUCUACGUGGUAAUCACAGGAUGUUAUCGUGAAACUGGUUUUGCCACAGAGAGAUUCCGCCAUGCUUUUUCUACUCCACUUACGCCAGCUCCUGUGGUUGCGUCUCCAGUAUGUCCGCCGCAACAAACUCGGCACCAUCAUAACGUUGUUGCUGAUGGUCGUCAGCGGAAGUACCUUAUUGGCAUUCAGACUCACCCUGCAGAUAGAACCGGAGGUUUAUUUUGCGGGUAAUCAAACGUUUCCAUCCCAACGGGUACCUAUAUACCCUGGAGUUCAUGCCCCAGGGUCGUAUUAUCUUUCGCUGGGAGUUACACCGAAGACGAGCCGCGGUGGCAGGGUUCCAGAGGAUUUUCGGUGGAAGUUACAAAUGGAGCUUAGGUGCUCACGCGCUGGGCAGUUUUUUAAUGUUUAUAAUAUGGAAAACAGCUCCGUGUUGCUCCGAAGGUUUCAGGAAGAGGCAGACGUGUUCGGCUUCGUCGGAGGGAUCAUAUUUGAAGACGACGCUUUUUCACAUGACAGGCCGAAUCCAAGGUUUGGGUACACCAUCCGAUUGCGUUCCCAACCGGCACCUCAUCAAACAAGAGCUUGGUUGACUAAUAUUGUGCGGACGUUUUAUUUCGAAGCAGGGCCAGAAUAUGAUUCAAAUGGUUUUCUGACUGUCCAGAAUGCCGUGGACAGGACGUUGAUGGAUCUCCUACCUCGGACACAGCCCCACAAAUAUGAAAAACUUGAAGUGGCACUUAAGAAAUUCCCCAUGCCUCAGCACAAAACUAGUGGAUACUUAAAAGCUGCGCUGGGAUAUUACUCUGAAACUAUGGCCGCCUUCCUUAUAUUUGGGUAUACAAUGUUGGUGCUGGAAAUCACGCGCUACAUCACAUUUGAGAAAGAAACGGGCCUGAAAGUUUUACUGAAGACAUGUGGUGUAUCAGAGAAAGUUUACUGGCUCUCGUGGUUCAUUUACACGGCUCCGUUCUUUUUCGUUCCUAUUACGAUCGCUGCUUUAUUCUCACUUCAUGCCUAUCCAUUUGGGCAAGGCGGGAACGCCGGCAGCCUGUCCGCCCUCAUAGACACUUCGUUAACGUUGGUUUUCUUAUACCUUUACGUCACUGCGUCCAUCAUGCUGUGUUUUCUGUGCAGCACGCUGAAUUCCACCAUCGCCGCUAUAGCAUUCUGUAUGGUGGCCUACCUGUCCCCAGCGUGCUUCAGCAUGCCGCUAUUCUACCUGUCGUGUAGCAGGGCUCAGAAGAGUAUUCUCUGUCUCCUGCCAAACUGUGCUCUGAAGAUCGGCUUCCUGCAGGUUGCAUGCUAUUGUCGGUCUCCGCUUAAUCAGGGUAUACGCUGGGACAAUGUCAUGGAUCCGACCACGUUUGGGGACAACUUCUCAAUGAUGGACGUGAUGUUGGCCCUGGUGGUGGAUAUAGUACUGUAUAUGUUGUGCAUAUGGUACCUCAGUCGGGUCUUUCCGGGGACCGACGCCGUAGCAGAGGCGUGGUAUUUUCCGUUUACGUGUUUAUACCGAUGUUGCAAACGGCCCCAGCGUAAGUUCCCAUCGGACACCAGUCUACACGAGGCUAGUACACGAGAGGACGGCGGCACUGGCUGUCACGGUGGGCAGACCCCCCUGAUGUCACUUACCCAACUGACAAAGAUUUACGGCAAACGGCGCGUUGUCAACAAUGUGACCCUGGACUUGUUCGAAGGAGAAAUGUUUGUUCUUUUGGGUGGAAACGCUUCGGGAAAGUCAACACUUCUGCAAAUGAUAACAGGUUUGUUGAAACCCACCACUGGCCACGUUACGUUGUGCCCUGGUUCAGCACCGAAAAAUAUCACAUCCAUACGUGAUGACAUAAGUCUGUGUAGACAGAAAUCGGCGUUGUUUGAUUACCUCACCGUAGAACAACAUCUGGUGUUUAUUGCCAAGUUACGACACGUGAACAGCAAGAUGAUAAAAGUCCAACUGAAAAAUCUCCUCUCCUUGCUUGAGAUAGAGGACAAGCGUGAUAAUAUGGUGAAGUCUUUGCCCACAUCCACGAGAAGUGCGCUGUCUCUGGCACUGGCGUUGAUGGGAAAUCCAAAGAUAAUAGCGUUGGAAGAACCGACCAAAAAUAUGGACCCGUGCAUGCGGCACCGUGCAUGGGAAGCUAUAGGACAGUCUAAGCAAGAAGGUUCUUUGGUAGUUCUCAGUACACAGAGUAUGCAGGAGGCGGAGGCCCUGGCUGACCGCAUUGGGAUUCUGCAGAACGGAUCUCUGGUGGCGUGUGGCACCAUGGCGGAGUUGGAAUCUAACUAUGGUGGGAAGUACGUCUUACGUGCUGCAAAAACGCCCAUGUAUCGAACAGAAAUGACGAGGGAUCUCAUUCUCGGGCUAAUGCCAAAUGCACACGUGACCGUGGAUUCUGAAACUGAAAUACAAUUUGCGCUACCUAAAUCUGAAACUUCAAAGUUUCCAUUGGUUUUCAAAAAACUAGAGGACAGAAUAGAUGAGCUCGGUGUCUCCUCCUUUGGAGUGUCUGCUGCCACAAUGGAGGGUAUAUAUCUUAACGCCAACAAAUCAGUCAAUUCAGAAACUACUUCGGAAUUUAGUGCCGUGUCAGAAAACACUGAUAGCGAAAUCAUUUUACGUAGAAAACCGAACAUACGACGUUUCAGGUUGGUUCCAACCGGUUUGUUCCAUCAGUUGCGCGAAUUCUUAAGCAUGUUGUCUGUGCACGCGUUAAUCUCAUGGCGCAGACGCUGGUUGACCUUUUCACAGUUAAUCUUACUCGUGACGACGGCUCUGUUCGCAUCCUUUAACCCAGAAGGGUUUUCGCAGUCAGCAUUGUCCCGUUUUUUAUCCCAAAAUUCGGUUAAUCUUUCUAUCACGAUGAACAGCAUGAUCGAACAAAUGGAUUACCCGUGCAUUACCACUGUGGCUGCAGACCGUUCCGAAUUGGCCCAGAAUUUGUCGCUGAUAUAUGAAAAGCUGAUGCUUGAUUCUUCUGGCUGUAUUGUGCAUAAGAUCAACAUCACAGAUUACGCUGCAGUGGACCGAUACUUGAUAGGCGCUCAACUCAACACAGGCGCUCUCCACUUUGCCAACCAAUACAUCAUUGGCGUAGCGUUCCAAUCAUACACAGGUGGCUCUGGUACAAGGGCGACAGGUUUGUACAGCAAUUAUGCCUAUCACAGCAUGCCAUUGGCUCUCAACCUGGUGAACAAUGCCAUACUGAAACACCUGGCGGGAGAGGAACACGAAAUCGCAGCCAACAACUUUCCUUUGCCUCCCACUGAUCGAGAUCCUUGUGACAACGAUGUUCUGGUCGACGAAAAGAACCCAACAAAUGAGUCGUGGAAGUUGUCUUCGCCUGUCGUAUCCAUGGCGUACACCUGCAUUUCCCUGUUUGUUAUGUCGGCAUUGUUAGCGUCCUUUGCCGUGAACCCGGUUCAGGAACGCAAUCUCGAAACAAAAAGGCUUCUGUUCGUUUCUGGCGCUACGGGUUUGACCUACUGGUUGGUACGAUGUUGUUGGGACACUAUCGUGUUCAUGGUGCCAAUCGUUUUAAUCAUGGGUUUAGUUUUAGCUUUUCAAUCAUGGCCUUUUUACAUACCCAACAGACAACAAGAAACCCUGAUACUGCUUCUGAUUCUCUUCGAAUGGGCAUCGUUGCCGUUGACAUACCUACUCUCUUUCAAGUUCGAAACUGGAGUAAAAGCUGUGACGACUAUUGCAGUGGCUUAUUCAGUUAUAGGAAGUGUAAUGUUCGCAGUGGUAGAAUUCAUCAAAUUAAUCCUACCCUACCAACUGCUGGAGGCGACUGAGAUGAACACCGUUCGGGCAUGGCAAGCCGCAUUGAACUGGAUAUUCACUAUUCUUUCGCCCCCCUAUAAUUUGGCUGCCGGGUUGAUGAUUUUUUACGUGAAUGACGAAAACAAACGGAUCUGUUCCCGCCUAGAAACCAAUAGAAGCCACAUUCAGUGCGAUGCCGAGCUCUGCAUGGGAUGGAACCAAAAUCAGACUUCUCUUCAUCGAGAAAACAGAACAAUAUACUACUGCACUCCAUAUGUCAACAACAUUCUUGAAUUCGGAAAUCUUGGCUUAGGGCGACAUCUAUUGAUCCUUUUCGUCCAAGGCUUUGUCUUCUUAGCCAUUCUUAUCAUCUUGGAGACACACGUGAUGUCCACGUGGUACAAGAUGCGUCAAAAAAGAGGGUUUAGAAGAUCGGUUUCGGAGAACGUGAUGCAGUUUUCAGGGCACUCUCGAAAAAGCAGCAUCAGAAGUUCUGGUCAAGGACAAAGGAGCGGACCAAGCCGAUUGUCCGUACGUAGAGGUGAGGCACUUGGAAUGAUUGGGCUUGACGACCGUGACAAAGAAACGCUGUUCCGCAUGUUAACGGGGGAUAUGCUGGCGCCGGAUGGCACCUCUGUAAUAGAAGGUGUCUCAAUAAACCAUAGUAGUGAACGGAGUCGACUUCAUGUGGGUUACAGCCCUCAGUCGUGCUCACUGAUGGGUGAUCUGACUUGCCGAGAGAUGUUGUCCCUUAUUGGACGGUUACGAGGAGUCACAGAGAGCGAGCUGGAGCAUGUGAUUGAUGACGUCAUAGAAUGGUGCCUUCUUAUCAGUCAGGCUGAUGACGUCAUCAACAGCUGCAGUGCUGGAACAAAGCGAAAAUUAAGCACAGCGAUCGCUCUGAUUGGAAAACCCUCCAUAAUAUUUCUGGAUGAGCCAACAACAAGUGUUGACCCAUUGUGCAGGAGAAAAAUAUGGGCAGUCCUUCAAGAAGUUCGACAUCAGGGAUCUUCAUUGAUUUUGACCAGUCAUAUCACCGAGGAAUGUGAAAUGCAGUGCACCCGAGUAACCAUCAUGGUGGACCAUCGUUUUGUCGCCAUGGGAAGUCCCCAGUCACUAAAAGACGAGUUCGGAGAAUAUGUCAACAUUGAAAUACGCCUGAAGGAAGAGAUGGAAGAGAUCGACAUUGAAGCACUGGCUGCGUACCUUAAUUCUCGCAUCAAAGGAUUGCGUAUUACUAAAAUGAAUCGAUUUGUUAUCGACCUUAAAGUUGUAGACGAUUCCAUGCGCUGGAGUAAUUUGUUUUGGACGUUAGAGGAAGCGAAGACGCGUUUUGGCAUUGCAGAUUACAGCGUCCACCAAAGUUCUUUGGAAGCAGCAUUUUUAAACUUGUCAGGGUUUGUUUCAGCCCAGAACAGUGAGCAAGGUUCUUUUGUACAGGACCGUAUUUGACACUUUGCCUGUUUUGAUAAGUUGUCAUACUUAAGAAAAGGCAUUAUGGUGAAUUUCCUUGUUCGUAUCUUAUUGGUGUUUUAUUUUACAAUGACACUAGCGUU